AUGGUAGACAUUGGGAGCAAAAUCACGCAGGGAGAGUGGUCCAGUAACGACUUGUUCAAGUCGUUGGUACCGUCUUUGGCGACCGCUUUCUUACUAUUACUCUUCACAACUGCUGCUUGGCGUCGAUAUCUUUCGCCCCUCAGCGACUUACCUGGACCAUUUUGGGCCUCUAUAACUCGUCUAUGGCAUGUCAAAGUCAUAAUAUUCGGUGACCAGAAUGUUCAAUUGAGUCGCCUUCACGAGAAACAUGGCCACUUCAUUCGAAUGGCCCCGAACGAGGUCAGCGUCACGCACCCUGAUGCCGUCAAGAAGAUACUCCUGCAGCCCAUGAAGAAGGGCAUGUUCUACAAUAUUUCGGCCAUUCCAGACUGGCGCUAUCAGACGCCCAUGUCAUCACUGGAACCCAAAGACAAGAUCGAGAGAUCCAAGGCAUUUGCUUCUGGUUACGCCCAGUCUAAUGUAAUCAAGUACGAAGAUGCCAUCAACCCUUUGAUCGAGAAACUUGGGAAUUGGAUGGAUCACUAUGCACGGUCUGGAGAGGCGAUGGAGCUAGACAAAUACCUGAUCUACACGUCUUUUGAUGUUGUUGGAGAGGUUCUCUUCUCCAGACCUUUUGGAUUUAUCGAAAAGGGGGAAGACUUGGGCAACAGUAUUGCCAAGAACCUCGCCCAAGAAGCCAUUGGCACUCCAGUAGCUCAGUUCCGAUGGGCCCAACUUCUACUAGGAAACCCUUUGGUCACGUAUCUUGGCUUGUCUCCAGGGUCGAUGCUUAUGGACACUGCGAUGGUAGCUCUCAACGAGCGCCAGAAGAAUCCGGAUGCACGAUUUGAUGUCGUCGCUCAUUGGUUCCGAUAUCUUCAGCAACACCCAGAUCGAACCACUUUGCGCAACGUCCAGGCACAGACAACAACCAAUGUUGCAGCCGGCUCAGACACCGUUGCCUGUGGCCUCCAAAGCGUUAUCUACCAUAUGACGCGUAACCCUGGAACCUGGGAGAAAGCCCGUGCUGAGAUCAAGAAGGCUCAAAGGGAGGGACAAUGCCUUGGCAAAAUCAUCUCGCUUGAGGAUGCGCAGCAGCUGCCAUACAUUCAAGCCUGUAUCAAAGAAGGCCUCCGUAUCCACAGCCCGGUUCCUAUGGGUCUUCAGAGGGUGGCGCCUAAAGGAGGCGUGACGAUUGGCGACCGGACAUUCCCUGAAGGCACCACGCUUUCUAUCAAUCCUUGGGUUUUACAUCACUCAACUGAGCUUUGGGGAGGCGACGCAGACGAGUGGAAACCAGAGCGGUGGCUAGGGGACGAUACUACGGUGCUGGAGAAGAACUGGAUACCGUUCGGAGCUGGCUGGAUGGGAUGUCCCGGCCAGCAUGUCGCUCGCAUGGAAUUAUUGAAGAUAUGUUCCACGAUAAUUCGUGAUUACGACCUGAAAUUUGCAGAUCCAUCUAAGGAGUGGAAAUGGAAGGCAUACUUCACUAUGGUGCCUGACUCCUGGCCGGUGUUGGUAUCAAAAAAGAAAUAG